GGAGAAGAGGAGCCAACCUUGAUGGAGAUGUUGCUAAUUUUAUUGAAACUGAGCGGUUGGUGGAGAUUGAAGGUUUCCAGUCCCCAUUAUUGCAGAUUCGAGGUUCAAUUCGGCUUCUUUGGGAGCAAAUUGUUGACUUGAGAUAUAAACCACAACUUAGAAUUAUUACUCAUGAGCAGACGUCAAAUGUUGUGGAGUGCCAUUUUUUUAAUCUUUCGCAAAGAUAUGGAGAGACAAUGGCAGUAGACCUAACUGAUCAACAUGGCGAUGAAGGUCAACUAAGCACGGCAUUUUCUGCUGAAAUGCAAAAUCUACCAAACGUGAGGUGACAAUUUGCAUACUUAUGUAUGCAACCAUGUUGGCUCCCAACUGAAUCAUUUUCCGACUUCAAGUAGAUUCCUUUUUUUUUUCGAGCAGAUACGUUUCAUUUGACUUUCAUCAUGUAUGUGGUAACUCAAACUUUGAAAACCUAAAGGUUCUAUACGAGCAUCUCAGAGCAAUUUGAAAGGCAAGGUUGAGCAGAUUAUUCCCCGUAGAUGCGAAAGGCAAUAUACUGGAGGAGCAGAAAGGGAUUGUCAGAUCAAACUGCAUUGAUUGCCUAGAUAGAACAAAUGUUACUCAGAGUUACUUGGCCCAGAAGUCUCUAGAUGCACAGUUGCAGAGGACUGGAGUGCUGGAUUCUUUUGAAAACAUUUCUAUGUUUGCUGAAGACUAUCAAACAUUUAGAGCGUUGUGGGCGGAGCAAGGUGACGAGAUAAGCCUCGAGUAUGCAGGGACGUAUGCCCUGAAAGGGGACCUGGUUAGAUAUGGGAAGCAGACAUUUGGAGGAAUAAUUAAAGAUGGGAUGAGUGCUCUUUCAAGAUAUUUUUUGAAUAACUUUCAGGAUGGCAUUCGGCAGGAUCCCUAUGGAUCUUAUCAGUGGCCGCUAUACAGUUAGAAGGGAUAUUUCACCAUCCCGGGCUGAAUCUUUUUCUCAUUUCCCAGCCCUACCAUGCUUGGAAACGAAUCUGAUCGCUUGGCUUUGCUAGACUUCAAGAAAAGAAUAACUGAAGAUCCUCUCAGUGUCAUGAGCUCGUGGAAUCAUUCCAUCCACUUCUGCAGUUGGGUAGGCAUUGCAUGCCACCGUGCCACCCAAAGAGUCUUGAUUCUGGACCUGGAAGAUAAACAACUGGUAGGCUCCAUUCCACCUUCCAUUGGAAAUCUCACUCGUCUAAUUGAAAUAAGCUUGGGAAUCAACGAGUUUCAUGGUGAAAUCCCUCAAGAAUUGGGUCGACUACGUACCCUGGAAAGUCUCAACCUGUCUUUCAAUUCUUUAGGUGGGAAAAUUCCGACUAAUAUGUCCCACUGUACUCAACUAAGAGUUUUCGAUCUUCUUUCCAAUAAGAUUAUUGGGUCGAUUCCACGCCAACUCAGUUCAUGGUUGAGUUUGACUCUUCUAAAACUUGGAGGAAAUGAUCUCAGUGGAACCAUCCCAGGUUGGAUAGGAAACUUUUCUUCUUUGAGAGGUCUUGGUCUUGCUCACAACAAUUUUCAAGGAAGCAUACCAAAUGAGCUCGGGCAUAUAACAACCUUGCAGAUAUUCCUCGUUGGGGGCAAUAAUUUGUCUGGUAUGCUCCCUUCUUCAAUUUAUAAUAUUUCUUCCAUAUACAUGUUCGGUGUUCAAAUAAACCAAUUACAUGGAGAGCUACCACCAAAUCUCGGCAUCAUGCUUCCUAAUCUCGAAGUAUUUUUAUGUGAUAUAAACAAUUUCACAGGAAAUAUUCCUGUAUCAUUGUCAAAUGCUUCUAGACUUCAGAGGAUUGAUUUUUCUACAAAUGGCUUCACGGGGACAGUCCCUGGAGAAAGUCUCGGAAGCUUGCGAAGCUUAAUUUCGCUAAACUUUGGAGAAAAUCGACUGGGAAAUGGAAAACUUGGUGAUUUGAGUUUUCUCAAUUUCUUGGCUAAUUGUACUAGUCUUAAAAAAUUGGGUCUUGGCUAUAAUCAUUUUGGGGGAGAAAUCCCGAGAUCCAUAGCCAACCUUUCGACCCAACUACAAGUUCUUUAUCUAGGGGUUAAUUUGUUACAUGGAAGCCUCCCAAACGGCAUUGGAAAUCUUAUAAACCUUGCCGAUCUAGAUAUGACUUAUACCUAUUUGGCGGGUGUUGUCCCCGAAGAAAUUGGGAAGCUCAAGAAGAUGAAGAGACUAGCUUUGAAUGCUAACAAAUUUUCCGGGCCAAUUCCAUCUUCCCUUGGUAAUAUAACUUCAUUGACAGAGCUCUACAUGGACGGAAAUAGUUUUGAGGGAAGUAUACCUCCAAGUCUUGGAAACUGCAAAAACCUGUUGAAACUUUUACUUAAUAAUAACAAUCUAACGGGCAGCAUACCUAAAAAGCUUAUGGAGAUUUCAACCCUUUCAGGUCGUUUAGACCUAUCUGGAAAUUAUUUGACUGGUUCAUUGCCAAGUGAAGUGGGUGAUUUGGUGCAUCUCACAGUGCUAAAUGUAUCAAACAACAAGUUAUCAGGGGAAAUCCCCAGCACCAUCGGCCGUUGUACCAGUUUGGGGGGCUUGUACUUGGACGACAACAAAUUUGAAGGAACAAUUCCUCAGUCUCUUAAAGAUUUAAAGGGCUUGGAAGAACUUGACAUUUCAAGCAAUAACUUAUCUGGGCAGAUUCCUGAAUUCAUAAGCAAGCUUCGAGCACUUAAGUAUCUCAAUCUUUCGCAUAAUGAUUUUGAAGGCGAGUUGCCUAAAGAAGGAAUUUUUUCAAAUGUCAGUGGUGUCUCAGUUCUGGGAAAUCAUAGGCUAUGUGGUGGUAUCCCAGAAUUACAUCAACCUGCAUGCCCCAAAAAUAAACACCAUUCAUCUCGAGGACUACUUUCCCCAAAAGUAGUCAUCCCUAUAUCUUGUGCACUUGCAUUCAUAAUUGCUCUAUCAUGCUUCUUCGGUGCUCGUUCAAUGCUAAAAAAGUCAAGAGAUGAACUUGUAACUUCACGUUCUUAUAAGGAUUGGAAAUUAGGUGUUUCCUACUCACAGCUUGUUGCUUCGACUAACGGUUUCUCUGUGGAUAAUUUGAUUGGUUCGGGAAGUUUUGGUUCUGUUUUUAAAGGGGUAAUUCCUAGCGAUGGAACGGUAGUUGCUGUUAAGGUAUUAAACCUUCAACAACAAGGAGCGUCUAAGAGUUUCAAUGAUGAAUGCAAAGCUUUAAGAAGUGUCAGGCACCGAAAUCUUCUCAAGAUCAUAACUGCAUGCUCAAGCAUUGAUAAUCAUGGUAGAGACUUCAAAAGUCUAGUCUUCGAGUUCAUGCGAAAUGGAAGUCUUGACUCGUGGUUGCAUCCUAGAGACGAGGAGCAACCUCCAAGUAAGAGAUUGAAUUUUAUGCAAAGAUUGAACAUAGCCAUUGAUGUUGCUUCUGCGUUAGAUUAUCUCCACAACCAUUGUGAAACGUCCAUUGUUCAUUGUGAUCUAAAGCCGAGCAAUGUACUUCUUGAUGAAGACAUGGUAGCGCAUGUUGGGGACUUUGGUUUAGCAAGGUUCCUCUUGGAAGCAUCAAAUGAUCAUUCCCUCAGUCAAACAAUGUCAUCGCAACUAAAGGGUUCUAUAGGUUACAUUCCUCCAGAGUACGGCAUGGGAGGCCAAGUUUCCAUACUGGGAGAUGUUUAUAGCUACGGGAUACUCUUGCUAGAAAUGUUCACAGGAAAAACACCUACUGAUGACAUGUUCAUUGAAGGUCUAAGCAUUUACAAAUUCGCAGCCAUGGCUUUGCCUGACCAUGUCAUGGAUGUUGUUGACCCUUCAUUGCUCCUCGACCUUGAAGUUGAUGGUAGUGUUAACGAUGACAGAUACGAAAGGACUGCGCUGCCCAGACGUAACAAUCACAGAGUGGUGAAAGCAAAAAAGGUAGAGGAAUGCUUGUUUGAUGUGAUGCAGAUAGGACUCUCCUGCUGUGCAGUAUCACCAAAAGAGCGGAUGCUUUUGAAUAUGGUUGUCGGAAAAAUGAGUGCAAUUAGAGACUCGUACCUCAAAGUUCAAGAAGGCUAAAGAAGGACAAAGAUAUGCUGCUUGUGGUUUUUCUUUUCUUGUUUUUCUUUACUUUUCCUGCCAUUGCUUUGAACCUUACCUGUUUUAUGUCAGUUGUUGUUUUAAACAAACGAAGUUUUCAUUUAUAUGACUUGAAGCUUUCAAAUUCUUAUUUGUGUGGAGCUAUUUGUAAUUGUCUUGGUUAUGUCAAUCCUGUUUAGAAUAUGAUAAACUCAAUGCUUAAGCAGUUUAGGACAUUUCAGUCUCA